AUGAAUAAUCUUAUGAUUCGAAAUGUUAUUAAACAAGCAAUGGCUUUAGCAUUAGUACCUCCAUCACAUGUUCAGGUGUUAUUUAAUGAACUUGGUCAAGAAUUAAAUGAUGAUGAACGUGAAGAAAUUUCAGGCUAUAACAAUAGGUUCAAAAGACGUUUACAGAAAACUCAUCCGAAUAUUUGGCUAUUCAUGGAUUCGAUUCGAAAAGAAGUUCAUAUAAUUCAUAAUUUAAUUCAACAAAUAAAUAGUGGUAUGCCACCUCGAACAAAAAGAUCUCAAACUAGAACUGCCGAACAACGCAUGAAAGAACUGUACAAUCGAUUUAAUCAAAGCAAAAUUACAGUACAAGAUCUUUUACGUGGUCUUUCUUUUUAUGUUGCGAAUCAAAAAUAA